CAAUGACAUAUGAUAUUUCUCCAAUCGAUGUCGAUGUAGGUUAAUUUACAAACAGGAAUUAUUUUAUUUCUGCGAAAAUGUUCGAUUGAAAGAGUUAUUUUUCAAGAUUAACAAUGUUAGGAAAUCUUAAAGAGUUUAUCUCAGUUGUACAAGAUGGCUUAAGUUCGCAUAACAAUUUACGUCAAACAUUACAAGAAGUUCACAAAGUGACCAAUAUUUUUAAAGAUAAACAAAAAGUUGCAAAUGAAAGCAAAGUUAAUUACGGUGCUGGAGGGGAAAUACUGGAAAAGUAUCAAAACGAUUGGGUUGACAUCCAUGCAAACGCGGAGCAAAAUGCUAAAGCAGCAGAUGAAGUCGAUAAACUUAUUAAAGAACUACAUAUCAUAACAAACACACGAGUAAAAAGUUAUAAAGAUUUUUCUCAAGCUUUAUCUCAAUUACCAGCAGUAACAGCUUCUGUAGCACAAUGUGCAGAUGGGUUGCGAAACCUAAAAAUACUAUUACAUGAUGUUGAAGAACAAAUGGUAAAAUUCGAGGAUAUAAUGGAAAGAAGAAAAAUGGAGAAAUGGAAAUUAGACCAUCACUACCAACUUACUCUUUACAAAGAGAAAAAAAUGGCUGAGUUAGAAGAAAUUAGGUCAAAGUUAGCUAAAGAGAACUCUGAACAAAAUAUGGAAAGGGAAAGAAAGCAGCUAGCUGAACUACAAGCUAAAAGGGAAAAUAGUGCAAUUGCAUUCCAGAAAGAUAUGGCCAAAUAUCUCUCCAGUGGCAGUGUGCCUUCGAAGUUGCCAUCUUCUCCAAAGAUUACCCUUGAACAAAUCCAGCUUGAAGAUGACAAAACAGAUUUAGAAAAGUUUUUGGACAGUUGACUUAAUUUUGUAAUUUUUAAUGUAUGGUGAUAUGG